AAAAACCUUCCAGACCGUUACCCACACAUUGCAUCAAAUCCCAAACCCCAAAACAAAAAGCACAGAAAAAACAGAGCGAACCCCACCGAUCGAUGGGCUGCGUUUCGUCAAAGCUCGUCAGGAAAGACCUGAAGAGAGAAAUCACUUUCAACAAUGGCGGCGAGUGCGUGAACCACGUGGUCUCUCUCACGUCAAGCACCUACGGGGCUCUCAACUUGGACAGCCAGCAACCCACCAAAGAUUGUGUGGGAGCAGAGAGUAGGAGAUUACAGAGAUCUCCUCCUCGCGAGGAGCCAGAGGUUAUCAAUGCUUGGGAACUCAUGGAGGAUCUUGAAGAAGGAAUGCCCAUUUCGAAUCAAGCCAAGAAGAGCCCCAAGCCGCGGGCUUUUCUACGUGGGUUUUCCGGUUUCGAUGCGAGGAGUCCGAUGAAGUUCUCGAAUCAGAGUGGGUCUCCCAAGAAAGCAAAGAGAUUUGCUGGGAAAGAGAAUAAGGGUCGGGUUAAUCUUUUCGGGCGUGCCGAUUAUAGCCCGAAAGCAGUUCUGAAAGCCAAGAUUUGUUCGGAGAACUCGUGUAAGGCGGUGUUGAAUCUAAGUUAUCCGGUGAAAGGGUCUCCAAUAAGAGCAAAAAGAGAGAGUCCUGGGAGAGAUUUGGAUUUUUCGUCGCGAAGAAAGAGCUUUAGUCCCCUGUUUGAUCCAGAGCUUCUUGCUUCUUAUGAGAAAGAAUUGUCUGAAGAGGAAGAACAAAUCAAGAUGAUGGUUUCCCCCACACCGAAAGCCCGAAGAGCGAGGAAGUCGAGGGAAUUGGAGGCUAUUCUUGAUUCUUUCGAGAGAAAGUGCCCACCUGGCGGUGAAAAUGCGGUUGUGAUUUACACAACAACAUUACGAGGAAUCCGGAAGACCUUUGAGGACUGCAACAAGGUCCGGUCGAUAAUCGAAUCACAUUGUAUCCACGUGUUCGAGCGAGAUGUAUCCAUGGAUUCGGGAUUCAAAGAGGAGCUGAGAAGACUAAUGGGGACAAAGGAGGUGAAAGUUCCUCUUGUUUUCGUGAAGGGAAGGUUGAUUGGCGGAGGAGAUGAGUUGGUGAAGUUGGAAGAGGAGGGGAAACUAAGCAUUUUGUUUGAUGGGAUUCCGAGGGCUCUCGGCGGGUGUGAAGGUUGCGCUGGGGUGAGGUUUGUGAUGUGCAUGGACUGCAAUGGAAGCUGUAAGGUCUUGGAUUCCGAGCAGAAGAAGAUGGUGAGGUGUGGUGAGUGCAACGAGAAUGGGUUGAUUCAGUGCCCUGUUUGUUGUUAAUUUAAGUCGAGAAUCAUAUUCUUGGAUUUUGAUUUGGGUAUUUCUUUAGGCUGCUAGCCUUGCUUUGUUUGAAGACUAGACACAAAAGAUUAGCUUGAAGAUGUUGUUUCUUUAUGUGGGAAAAAUGGGGGUUCUAAAGUGGGUUUUAGGCCCUCCUGUAUGCUGAAGUUUUCAUUUUGCUUGAUUUUAUUACUGGACACUUGUUUUC